AUGACAAGCAAGGAGUCUGAGAAAACACAGCUUGUGGGCGCCUAUUCGGUGCCCAAGGACAUAGUAGAUGGGAUCACAGAGGAGGCGGAAUCGGCAGCAGAGUAUGAAAUAGGAGCAGGGCGGAUUAAGAAUGGAAAUAGCAGCAGCAACAACACUGCAAAACGACGCAAAAAGCGGAAGUUUGAGCUUAUCCAAGAGAAAAUGGCCCGAACAGACAACAGCAAGACGCCCGAAAGUGACGUCGUGCACCACAAAAGAGAGAUGGAACGGAGAAGAAAGAGAGAGAUAGAAGCAGAUUCUGCCGCUGACGAGAACGGAAACAAGACGCCGCCUAGGACGGAGAGAAGGGGUAGAAAGAGGAGGUUGGAAAGUGAAGAGAACGGAAAAGUUGCCGAUGAAAAGGAAAAAGACAAGAAGCAGCUCAAGCAUGUGUCCAGAGAGACGAUAACCAAAGGACCAAGCUGUCCGGUGGUAAUGGGUAUACCCUUGACAACUCAAAACUUGGAUAAGCUGUUGCCAUCGGGUUUUUCUGUUGUCCCGUUUCCGGCGGACUACAAGCCUUUGAAUAACCUGCCUCCAGACUUCUCCAGAUUUGAAUCCUUUGCCGCUCCGCACAAUGCCUUACUUGCGACAGUGUCGAAAGAGGUGGUGGGGAGGGAGAACUUAGACCGUAAACAAAUCUACGAAAUACCAGAUCUUAAGGAUUUGCAGUAUUUCAGUGAGCUUGACAUGAAGGUAUUCCACAAAUUAAUUGCAGCCAAAAACAGCAAACAAGGAUCCUUAUCGAACCACGAACAGCUUGAAUUGAGAUGCAUGAAGUUGAUAUUGAAGAUUAAAAACUGUUCUAGCGCCUCAAGAAAAUCAGCUCUCCGUAACUUAACCGAUAAUGCAAAAUUGUUUGGCCCAGACAUCAUCUUCAGUAUAAUUUUGCCGCUAAUGAGUGAUCCGGCACUAGAUGAGCAGGGCAGACAUCUUCUUGUAAAGGUUAUUGGAAGGGUUCUUUUCAAGUUGGAAGAUUCGAUCAAGCCCUAUGCGGAAAAGAUAUUGAUUGUUAUUAUGCCAUUACUCACAGACGAAAAUAAAAUUGCUAGACUAGAAGGUAGAGACGUUAUCUCCAAAUUGUCCAAAGCAGUAGGCUUGCUCACAAUGAUCACAAUCUUGCGUCCAGAUCUGGACAAUAGCGACGAAUACGCUAGGGCUUUGGUAAGUAGAGCUUUUGCCGUUGUGGCAAAUUCUUUGGGUAUAUCUGCACUCAUUCCAUUUUUGAGAGCGGUUUGCCGGUCAAAGAAAAGUUGGCUUAUCAGGCAUACAGGUACUAAAAUAAUCCAGCAAAUCGCUAUAAUGAUAGGUUCAGGAAUUUUACCAUACUUGAACCAAUUGAUUCAGUGUUUAUCCAAAAACCUCGAUGAUGAAAUGUUAAACGUGAGAACAAUCACAGCCGCCACAGUGAGCUCUCUAGCAGAAGCAUCUGCACCUUAUGGGUACGAGUCUUUUGAAGUCAUGAUUGAACCUCUAUGGAGAGGGUUGAAGAACCACCGUGGUAAAGCUUUGGCUCAGUUCAUCAAAGGUCUAGGCAACUUGAUUCCAUUAAUGGGUGAAGAAAACGCAAACUUCUAUUCCUAUGAGCUACUUAAAAUAGUUAGAAGAGAGUCUACUACAUCAGAUGAUGAAAUGAAAAGAGCAGUACUAAUCACAAUCGAGAAAAUAUGUGCGUUGAAAACAAUUGAUAAUGAGUUGAUUUUGAAAAGCAAUAUUUCAGAAUCAUUUUUUAAAAAUUUCUGGUCUAGAAGGGUUGCAUUAGACAAAAAGAUUACUGAUCUGUGCAUCAACGCAUGCUAUGCUUUAUCUUUAAAGAUUGGUACUUUGGAAGUCAUACUGGCCGUUUUGCCCUCACUAAAAGAUGAGUCAGAGCCUUUCAGAAAGAUGAGUUUGGAAGCGUCAGAAAAGGUGCUUACUUCACUUGGUUGUUUCGACUUGGAUGACAAAACCGUCAAUAGGCUUUUGGAUGGACUUCUGUAUUGCUUUCAACAUCAACAUUUGGAAAACAAGCAAACUAAUAGCAUAAUUUUGAACGGAUUUGGAAAUAUCUUGAACAACCUUGGAAUCCGUGUGAAGCCUCACAUCAUGUCAAUCGUUAGUGCCAUUUUGUACAGGUUGAAGAAUAAAGACGCUGAAGUUCGAGAACAAGCGGCUGAUCUAAUCUCCAAGAUUGUUGAUGUUCUGAAAGUGUGUGAGGAAGAGGACCUCUUGAUUAGGUUGUGCACGAUUUUGUACGAAAGUUUGGGAGAGGUCUACCCUAACGUUCUAGGUUCCAUUCUUUGCGCAUUGAGAAGUGUGAUACUAGCGAUCAAAUCGGUCGACUCCUUGAAUCCUUCGAUCUCUCAGAUUCUUUCAACCUUAACACCCAUCUUGAGAAAUAGGCACGAAAAGGUUCAAGAGAUGGCCAUUCCCUUGAUAGGUGACAUUGCAGAUCGGGCCAAAGAUUACAUCAGUCACCGGGAGUGGAUGAGAAUCUCAUUUGAACUACUUGAAAUGCUAAAGGCUUAUAGGAAGAGCAUCCGUAAAAGUGCCAAUAAGACUUUUGGAUUGAUUGCAAAGGCAAUCGGACCUGCAGACGUUUUAGUGACGCUCUUGAACAACUUCAGGGUGCAAGAACGUCAGUUGCGUGUCUGUACCGCUGUUGCCAUUGGUAUUGUUGCCGAAGUCUGUCUUCCGUUUUCUGUCCUUCCUGCCUUGAUGAAUGAGUAUAGAUAUCCAGACAAAAACGUGCAGAAUGGUGUGUUGAAAGCCAUCGGGUUCAUGUUCGAGUAUAUCGGCGAGCUUGGGUCAGACUACAUAUACGCCACCACACCGCUGCUAUUGGACGCCUUGACCGACAGGGACCUCGUGCAUAGGCAGAUUGCGUCCAACGUCGUGAAACACAUGGCCUUGGGUAGCUUUGGCCAAGGCUACGAGGAUGCCUUUGUGAACUUCUUGGACUUGAUCUGGCCCAACGUGUUUGAGACCUCUCCGCAUGUGAUAUCGCAGGUGUUCGAGUCGAUCGAGAGCUUAAACAUCGUGCUCGGCUGCGGAAUCCUGCUGGACUACAUUUGGACAGGGCUUUUCCAUCCUGCACGCAAGGUUAGAGAGAGCUACUGGAAAAUAUACAACAACGUCUACUUGAGUCACGUGCAUGCCAUGGUCCCCUACUUCCCCCGCUUCGAGGAGAUAGGUGAUGAGCCUGGUGCUUCCAAACAGGAAGCAGCGUUGCUGACGGGAGAUUUGGGUGUGCAAGAGCUCGACCUAUGGGUGUAG